CACACACAUAAAUUAUGUUUAAUUAAUGUAUAAUAUAUUCACAAAUAAAUAAAUUUUGGACAGUUUACCGUUCAAAAUGGUUGUAAAAUAUAUAAAUUAUGUUUAUUUAUAUAUUUUAAUUUCUUUAAAAAUAAUAAAAUUUUUUAAAAAUGAAUAUUUAAAGCUUAAAAAGAAAUAUAUAUAUAUAUAAAAGUUAAAUAAGAUGGAGGGUAUUUUGAUAAUCAAUCAAUUUAUUCCUAAAAAUUAUACCAUGCAUAUUACUUUAAAUACAACAAACCAAACACUCAAUAAAAAAUAAUUUCAUCAUAAUUAAUCCCAAUAUAAUUUAUUCCAGCAUAAAUAAUCCCGGUAUAGUUUUCAAACCAAACGACCCCUAAGUUUACUCAUUUCACAUUUCAUUUCUGAAUUUUCACUACGCCUCUCUCUCUCUCUCUCUCUCUCUCUCUCAACAAACCGAUAAUAUCAGUAGACCCAAAAGUCGAUAUUCAAGGCUUCAAGCUCAACAUUUGCUGAAAACUCAAGGGAUUAGUUUGGGAUUGAAGACAAUGGCUUUUCAGAUUGCGAAAAGAUUCCUUGGAGGCGGCGGUAAUUCAGUUGCACCGUCUAUUAGGUAUUUGGGUCGGACCUUCACUUCCGCAGCUUCCGAAUCCAACUUGAUCCGCGCUACUAUUUUCCCCGGCGAUGGUAUUGGCCCUGAGAUUGCUGAGUCUGUCAAGCAGAUAUUCAAGGUUGCUGAGGUACCAAUUGAAUGGGAAGAACACUAUGUGGGGAAAGAGAUAGACCCUAGAACCAACAGUUUUCUAACAUGGGAAAGUCUUGAAUCAGUGAGACGGAAUAAGGUUGGUUUGAAAGGGCCAAUGGCCACUCCUAUUGGAAAAGGUCAUCGUUCCUUGAAUCUUACAUUGAGGAAGGAGUUAAAUCUAUAUGCCAAUGUUAGACCUUGCUACAGCCUACCUGGAUACAAGACUCGCUACGAUGAUGUGAAUCUCAUCACCAUUAGAGAAAACACCGAAGGAGAGUACAGUGGUCUUGAACAUCAAGUAGUAAGGGGUGUGGUUGAGAGUCUCAAGAUCAUCACCCGUCAAGCAAGUUUAAGGGUUGCAGAGUACGCAUUUCACUAUGCCAAGACCCACGGAAGAGAGAGAGUGUCUGCAAUUCACAAAGCCAACAUCAUGCAAAAGACAGACGGUCUUUUUCUUAAGUGUUGCCGAGAGGUUGCGGAGAAGUACCCUGAGAUAAAGUAUGAGGAAGUUGUCAUUGACAAUUGCUGUAUGAUGCUUGUUAAAAAUCCAGCACUUUUUGAUGUUCUGGUGAUGCCUAACCUUUAUGGAGAUAUAAUCAGUGAUCUUUGUGCCGGUUUAAUUGGUGGUUUGGGCUUAACUCCUAGCUGCAAUAUUGGCGAGGGAGGUGUUGCUCUUGCUGAGGCCGUGCAUGGUUCAGCACCUGAUAUUGCCGGAAAGAAUUUGGCAAAUCCAACUGCUUUGCUUUUGAGUUCUGUCUCCAUGCUUCGUCAUCUGGAGCUUCAUGAUAAAGCUGAUCGCAUUCAGGAUGCCAUCCUAAAAACAAUUGCAGAGGGAAAGUAUCGAACAGGUGACCUUGGUGGUACCGCAUCAACAACUGAGUUCACGAAUGCCAUCUGCGAUCAUCUUUGAACUUGUUGGUCCGUGUGUAUAUUAUAUUUUGCAAUGGGUUCAACUAAGGGGAUGUAUCUUUCAAAGAUGCAAUUGAAAUUAUUUUAUUGCUUUUGGCGACUUAACUAUAUUUCCUUGGGUUUUAUAGAAGUUUGCAUAAUGAUAUCAGAAUUCAUUCUCAAAGGAUAUGGAAUAGCAUCAACCAGUAAUGGGUGGCUUCCAUGUUAAUUUGCAAGGAAUAAGAGUGUCAUUCUAUCA